GUACAUUUCGGUGGUUUUCUAGUACAGUUUUUAAUUUCUUUUUCUUCGAUAGAAAGUCCAUAAUUCAACCACAAGACUACAUUGUAACCUUCUAGAGUCAUGGGGAAGAAGAAGGCGAAAGAACCAGAAACUCCAGCCAAAGACGAGUUUGACCCUUUAGAACUUGUCAGCAAGAAGCCCCAUACAGUUGUUCUGAUGCUAGACUCUCCAGAAGAACAUGUCCUUCAAUCAGCGUGUGAAGCACUGUACAAGUUUGCACAAAAGUGUGAUGAGAACAGACAAGAAUUGUUGAACCUUGGGGUCUUGGAACCCUUACUUAAACAGGUCAUGUCUGAAGACAAAGUGGUGAGACGAAAUGCUACUAUGUGCCUUGGGACCAUGGCUCAGAAUGCAAAUGUGAAAAAAGAACUUCGAAAACUGUCUAGUAUUCAACCUCUGGUUGAGCUAUUAGGUCCUGACGAGGAUGUUUUGUGUCAUGAAUUUGCAAGUUUGGCUCUUGCAUCAAUGGCAGCUGAGUUUUCUUGCAAAGUGGAGAUUUUUGAACUAGGAGGUCUUGAAGCAAUUAUACAGCUUCUGUCAUCCACUGACUGUGAUGUACAGAAAAACUCUGUCGAGGCUGUGUCACUACUAGUUCAGGAUUACCACAGUAGAUCAGCAGUAAGAGAAUUGAAUGGGUUGCAGCCACUUUUGGCUCUGUUAGCCUCAGAGUACGCCAUCAUCCAACAGCUUGCACUGGAGUGUUUGAUUCAAAUUACACUUGAUGCUGACAGCAGAGGAGCUUUGCGAGAUCUGGAAGGACUGGAGAAACUUGUUGAUUUUGUCGGGAACAAGGAAUAUGAAGAUUUGCAUGUGCAAGCAUUGCAAGUACUGUCAAAUUGUCUUCAGGAUGUUGAAAGUAUGCAGCUUAUUCAGGCGUCUGGAGGAUUGCAGAAACUUCUUGCUUUUGCUGCUGAGUCUAGUAUUCCUGAAGUUCAGCAACAUGCGGCAAAAGCUAUCGCCCUUGCAGCGAAAAAUGGAGAAAAUCGUAAAAUCUUUCAUGAGCAGGAAUGCGAGAAGACGUUGAUCAUCUUAUUGUCCAUAGAGAACCCUGGUGUCCAGGCCUCGGCUUCUUUAGCCCUUGCAGUUAUGUCUGAGAACCUUAGCAGCAGAGACGUAAUUGGAAAACUUGAAGGUAUUUCGCCAUUGAUUAAUCUUCUCACUAGUGACAGCCCGGACGUAAGAGAAGGAGCAACACUGGCACUAGCAAAUAUCACCACUUCUAACAAUACGAACUGCGGUGACGUGGUAGACAAGGGAGGAGUUGAUCCGCUGAUCACUCUCCUCAAUGACGCCAAGCCUUCUGUUCAGGCCAAUGCAGCUGUAUGCCUCACCAACCUGGCAACAGAAGAGUCGUGGAGGUCAGAGGUGCAACAAAGAGGCGUUGUGUCUGCCCUUGUACAAGCUUUGCAAUCCAAUGCGGCAAUAGUACAGAGUAAAGCUGGAAUAGCGGUGGCAGCCUUUGUGUGUGAUGCAGACUCAAGAAACGAGUUUCGUGCCGAAGGCGGCCUUCCUCGGUUGGUAGAGCUACUUCGGUCAGGUAAUGAUGAUGUACGGCGGAGCGUGGCCUGGGCUGUCUUACAGUGCGGCAAUGACCUACCAACCGCGACUGAGAUUUGUAGACUGGGGGGAUUAGAUAUUCUUGGAGAGAUUUCUUUAUCAAAUACCCGUCAGUCUGGCUUCGCAAAAGCCGCCAUGGAUUGUCUGUUGGAUAGUAACUUACCAGCCAAGUACGCCAUGACCGGCACAUUGGGAUUUAAUAACAUCAUUCAAGAUGGCUUUUAUGACUGUGGACCUAUGCGUCCCGACAGUAAGUUCUUAACUCUGGAGGAACUUAGUUUGUUGCCAACGGAGGCACAUAGGCCCAUUCUCCUUGUUAACUCCAGGAACGCGGACAGGAAAACUCCUUCGCCCAUCCUUGUUAUACCCAAGGAACCGGAGAAGAGCUCGGAAAAACCAGGGAAAGGAGGCAAAUCAAGCCGAGACACGAGAAGGAAAAAUAAAGUCAUGCGCGAACGAGAGGAACAGAAACAAAGGGAAGAAGAGGCCGCUUUAUCGGAGGUCUCAGCCACGCAGCAAGAUGAGGCGCCUAACUGGCAGCCCCCCAUGGAUGAGGUCCUUCAGGGUUACAUUGAGGAGGUUCGAAACACUAUUCAGCCGUUAAACACGACCACAGAACAAGCAGAGGCUCUUGGAGGUUUUGUCAGUGACAAGAUGGGUGGACCCAUCGACCGUGAAUCCCUCUCCACCUUCAGCUAUGAAUUGCCGAUCGGUCAAUUAAAGGUGAAGCUCAAUUCCAACGUUAUUCCCAUCGGCAAGAUACAGACUGGAAUAUAUUAUCACAGAGCUUUGCUUUUCAAGGCUCUUGCUGAUCGCAUUGCUUUGAGAUGCUCGUUAGUCCGAGGAGAUUAUAACAGAGCUUGGAACGAGGUGAUGCUUUGUGACGGAGCGAAGGAUGGUCAGCCCAAGUUCCCUCCAAAGAGUUACAUCGUCGAUCUCAUGCACUACCCUGGACGACUAAUGAGUAAAGACUCGCCCGAGGCCACUCUCUACCAGAGGCUUUAGUUCAGUUUAGAAUCAAGCUGACUCACUAUCGAAGACGACUUUACAAAGAAGUAUUCAAAUGACUCACGACAUUGCGAAGCUCUUGACACUUGGAAGAAUAUUUGAGGAAAUGGCCUUUUAGAUCAGAUAUUUUCUGCCGGUAAAGAGCCGUGACGAAAUUCCACCUACGAGUGUUUUCCACGCUUUUUUGCAAUUUGUAUCUGUGGAUUUAUACAAAGUGUAUGUUGCUAAGUUUUGUGUAAAGCUGGUAAACUCAUUGUGCUUUCUUAUAGUGGGCCGAGGUUGUUUUAGGAUUGUGUCCAUUUGACAGUAUUUAUGGAAACUGGAAGCGUUCUCGUUGUAUAUAGUGUAUUAUAAAACUUCAUAUUUGCAUUCGUUUGAUAAGUAUUGUUGUAAUACUAAAAAAAACUAGAUUUAGAUUUGAUUUUAUGAGACACUGUUGCGGCUUUUGUUCGAAGGAAAGAAGCUGCAGAGAGUGACACGCUUAGCAGAAUGCAGCAAUGACUCUAAACCUCUCCAAUUUAUUAUUUUUGUUUUUGUGCCAUCUCCUACAAUUCUGCUCGCAGCGGAUUCACUUUUCUCGCAUUUCUACCCUGUGGCCACACUCUGACUCUGUAUCUAACUGAAUCUGAUUGGCAGUUACUCUGACUGUCUAUGGCUCUCUCUAGCUGUAGCUUUUGGUAUCGUUAGACAUGAGUGGGUAUGUGGGCCAACCGACCAAGGAAGACCAUGGACGGUUAAACGUGUUUCAUCAGUACACAAAGCCAAAUACUUUUAAUAGGACAAAGCUUGAGCCCGUCUUUUUGUUAAGUAAGACCAUUAGAUUUGUACGAAAGAAAUGGAUUAUUCACUCUUAAUUUCUUUGAUUAAUCGUUAAUUCGGGCCUCCUUGUCAGCUAUUACGCGGUAAGAAUCUUGGUCUUAUCAAGUAAUUGUUAAUUUUAAACCAACGCUUUGCCCACAAUUUGACCUCCUUCCUUCCUGUAAUGUUGUGCUUUGUUUUUUCGCUUUUUCUUGGCACUGCAUGGUGUAAAGAGGAAAGUGGGCUACAAUUUGCUAAUCAUCGAAACCUUGUAAUUAAAAUACAGCUUUUUAUCAA